AUGUCAUCAUCAGAAGAAAACGUCGACGUCCUCAUCUGUGGCUCCGGCUCAGCCGGUCUCUGCGCCGCCGUCUGGCUCGCCCGCUUCGGCAUCAACUACAAGAUCCUUGAGCGCCGCGAUGGUCCUCUCAAGAUUGGUCAGGCCGAUGGUGUCCAGACCCGUACCGUUGAGAUCUUCGACAGCUUUGGCAUCGGCGAGGACAUGCUAAGGGAAGCCUAUCAUGUGCUCGAACUAGCGUUUUGGGCGCAAAACAUCGAAGGAGGAAACAAGGACAACAUCAAGAGGACACGCUAUGCCCCUGACAAGGAAACCGAGAUCAGCCACCAGCCACACGUCAUCCUUAACCAAGCCCGUCUCAACGAGUUGAUGAUGAGCCAGCUCGGUUCCCAACCGCCUAUCCAGUACAGCACCGAAGUCAAGGGGGUCCAAGUCGAUGAGUCCGCCGACAUCACCGACCUUGACUCUUAUCCUGUCCACGUCGACGCCGUCACAACAGCCGACGGCGUCUCCAAGACCUAUCACGCCAAGUACGUGCUCGGCUGCGACGGCGCCCAUUCCGUCAUCCGCAAGUCUCUCGGGUUCAAGAUGGUCGGCGACAGCACCGACGCCGUCUGGGGCGUCAUGGACAUCUACCCGCUCACCAACUUCCCCGACAUCCGCAAAAAGGCCGCCAUCAACUCGUCCGUCGGCAACCUGCUCAUCAUCCCGCGUGAGGGCGACGCCAUGGUGCGCUUCUACAUUGAGCUUCCCGCGGGCACCAACGCCAAGAACGUGACUUUGGAAGACCUGCAGAACCACGCCAAGCUCAUCUUCCGCCCUUACGAGAUGGAGUUUGCCGACACCUUCUGGUGGUCCGCCUACGCGAUCGGCCAGCGAAGAGCCGAUUACUUCCACAAGAACCACCGCGUUUUCCUCACGGGCGACGCCUGCCACACCCACUCGCCCAAGGCCGGGCAGGGCAUGAACGUCAGCUUGCAAGAUGGUCAUAACAUUGGCUGGAAGCUGGGCAUGAUUCUCAAGGGACUCGGCAAGCCCAAGCCGCUGCUGGAGUCGUAUGUCAUUGAAAGGGAGAAGACGGCCACGGAGCUGAUUGAGUUUGAUAGAGCGUUCACCAAGCUGUUUAGUUCCAAGUAUAGGGAGGAGCACGGUAUCAGCCAGGAACAGUUUGCUGAGAAGUUUGUCCAGGCGGGGAGGUACACGGCCGGUCAGGCGAUUCAAUAUGAUGCUUCGGGCGUGGUGGAGAUUGGGGAGAAGGAUAAGGAGCUUGUGAGGAACGUCACGGUUGGUAUGAGGUUCCCGACUGCGCAGGUGGUCAGGUUCUGUGAUGCCAAGGCUAUGCAGCUGGUGAAGGGUUUGCCCGCCAAUGGACAGUGGUACUUGGUUGUGUUUGCGGGAGAUAUUUUGCAGGAGGAGAGCAAGGCAAGACUGGAAAAGGUCUCUCAAGCCCUCGACAACGUCGCCAAACGCUUCACUCCCGCUGGUGCCUCUCCAGAUAGCAUCAUUGAUCGCGUGCUCGUCAUUUCCGGUGACAGGACAAAGGUUGAGCAGGAUCGAAUUCCAGAGUUCUUCACUCCUGUAACAGGAAAGUGGCAGCAGAAGAAUCUGUUCAAGGUGUAUGCGGACGAUGAGAGCUACAACUCCGGACAUGGCCACGCUUAUGAGGCCUAUGGCGUUGAUCCAGCAAAGGGAGCGUUGGUCAUUGUCAGGCCGGAUCAUUACAUAGCAAAGGUCUCUGCAUUGGAUGACGGCAUUGAGCAGUCGACACAAAAGUUCUUUGGGGGCUUCUUGUCGCCAAUAGCUUGA